AUGGCGGUACAUAUCGAGUCUUCUAUGCAGUUCAGCAAAUUGCUAGGUUCAUCAACCAUUGUUGUUUCUGAUUUUUAUGCGGACUGGUGCGGACCUUGCAAAGUUAUUGCCCCAACCUACGAAUCUCUGGCUACGAAGCACUCAAAGCCAAACCGUGUGACAUUUACAAAAAUCAAUGUAGAUAAUCAGCAGUCUAUCGCUCAGCGAUAUGGAGUCAGAGCCAUGCCAACCUUCCUUAUCUUUCGAUCCGGCGCUGUGAUUGAAACUGUUCAAGGCGCAGAUGUCCGCAAGCUCACGACCGCCAUCGAGAAUGCUGUGAAGCUUUCUGGCACAGCGAAGCCAGCCUAUUCCAAUACAGGACGAACACUGGGCGGAUCUUCCCCGACGAGCUCCUCGAUGGCAAGAAACUUUAGCUUCGAUAGACUACUCCACGAUAUUAUUUCAUUUUUCGGAUUGUACCUCUACUCCCUGUUUUCGUUCGAUGCAUAUACUGCAGCAGAGAACUCGCCGUUCAACAUUCACCGGGUCCCGGCCGCACCUGCAGGAAAAACAACCGGUGGACGAACAGGAGCAGCGGCUCCGGUCGGAAAGAAAGUAGGGACUAUUGCUGAUCUCGCGGGCAAAGAUUGA